CGAAACAAGAUCAUUGCCCAGCUAUGCAGUAAAACUGUGUAUGGCGUAAGUCCGGAUGUGUAGAACAGGAUUUCUCUCAGUUAUAUUGCCCUGUUGGCCAUGUGAGUUUGUACUAUUUAGCUUCGAAAGGACUUGACUUCGAUUUGUCGUAAAGAACGAGGCGCAGCUGUUGCGUACACUUUGCAAGACAAAUGAAGGAAGAGAGAGUUUGCUUGUGUCCAUGACCACAGUUGAACGGACACUGGGGAAAAAUUGCAUAGAGCUAAUAUCAUGACUACGAAUGAAGAAAUAGUCGACUUGUCAUCUAUACUGGAUGAAGUGUUCAAGAAACAAAAUGAAGUUGAAAAACAAGUUGACAUAGCAAGGCAGUAUUUGGAAAAAGUGAAACUACAACAUCAGAAUGAGAAAAAUGAAUAUGAGGGAGUACUUCGAAAGAGAAGAAAUUCUGAGAUGCAGCUAAAUAAUUUAAAAGAAUCAAUUGCUGAUAUAAUGACGUCAUUACAGAACCUGUAUGAAAAAACUGAAAAUAUUUCAUUUGCAACAGGUGACAAGCAGUUUCAGCAAGCGAAAGCCAGCUUAAUACUGUCACAUGAAAUGGUUCAUCACAACAAAUAUUAUCAGAUAAUGGAGAAAUACGGUGAUAACAAACUGUCGUCUGCUGCAAAUAUGUGUGAUCAAACUGUGAGGAAGAAGAGAGAUACUCUCUACACAAGGAAGAAACUACUAGAGAACAAAAUUGCUGAGAACAGAAGGCAAAUAAAUAUGAAUUUGCAAACAGAAACAAAACUGAAAGAAGAAAUACUAAUAUUAAAGAAACGGAACAAUGCUUUGCUUAUUCGCCUCCAGCGACAGUUACAUGAAGCACAGUGCAGAUGCAGCCAAGCAGAAGAAAGAUUAAGUCGUUUGAAAAUGACAUUGCAAGAACAGAAACAUGUCAUUCAGAAGAAUCAGAUCCACAAAUAAAAAUCUUUCCAUGUGGUCUCAAGGUUGUGUUUCUCCUCUGCGAACAGCUCUUCAACAAAAAUCAAUAACAAUACCUACACUGUUAUGGGUGACUAGAUUUAUUCAUACAUUUUCUCCAUUAAUGUUGUUGUCUUCAGUACAAUGUAUUUCCUUACAACAGCUGCUGAUGUAAUAACAAGAGGAUCCAGUGCUAAUGAUCUCCAGAAUUUGUUUCUCAUUCACUAUGGAGUCUGCAAUAACGCACUAAACUGUUGCUUGAGGGCCAUAAUUGAUUCAUAGGUUCCUACACCCAGCAGUAACCACUAUCUGUUCAACUACAUUUUUCUUAGGAACGUAUUAUUUA